CUGUAGUCUGAGCUUUUAAAUGUCAGUUAAACCGCGAAACAGCUGAUAACCAUAAAAUAUUUAUUUAACCUAAUCCGUAAGCAACAGUUGGUUCAGUUAUGAAGAAAAGUUCAAAAAUCUCAAAAACAAAGUUCGUUAAUGUUUGUGUUCAGGCAAAAUAGUAUUCAGUUCUCACCACUAGCAUAAUGGAAUUGAUAGAUCAAUCAGAAAAGUCGUUGUAUGAUAAAUGUAAAUAUGAAGUAAAACUUUGGGAACAUAAGUUCAAGAAGACAAAUGGAAGACUUCCGUCCAGAUUAGAUAUUAAAGAGGCCGAUUCGAGUGUAAGAAAUGCAUACAAGACAUAUUUUAGACUCAAAACAGCUGCCCUGGAAAGAAGUUUUAUGGGAAUCGAAGGCUUCCAUUCAGAUGACGAACAAUCUAUAUGUGAAAUAAAUCAAUCAUUAUCUGCUAAUAUCAGUGAGGAAAAAUGUGAUACAAAAAAAAUCAGCGUUUCUGAAUCCACUUGGGGAUCCCAUCUCAAUAAGAAGCCCAUAGAAAAGUGUCAUUCUGAACCUUUGAAACCAUCAGCUAAUUUGAAUCAAAAAUUUGUAAACAAACUCGCGGUGGGCUGUAAAUUAGUUAAAAGAAACCCGAGAAAAUCUCUCUCACAGAGUAAACAGAGUUCUAACAAUUGCAAAGAAAAAUCAAAAAUCAAUGAAAAUGAUACUUCUGUUUCUAUUUGUCGAUCACAUUCUGAGCCUGUUGUAUUAGAGACACAUUUAGAGGAUCUUACUUCAGAGUUUGAUAAUUCACAAAUCAAUACUCAAAAAAUAAAAAUACUACCUUCAAACACGGCAAUUCCUAAAUCUACCAAUAUAAUAAAUAACCUUAUUGACAAGAAAAUAGGGACAAGUCUAAAACUAAGAAAUGUUGAUAUUAAAUGGCUGGAAAGGGUGGAAACUAAUACUGAAUUUGUUAAUAAAACUAAAGUUGACUAUAUCAGUGAUGAAGACAUUAUUGAUAAUUCUGAUGAAGAAUCAAACUGUUCCUCUCAUGUUGCUAAAAGGUUUAAGUAUAGUAAUAAUGAAAUAUCUAAUUUUAAAAUAGUGAAAAAACAAAAUUGUGAUAUAAAUAAUUCUGACUUGAUGUCUAACUCUCAAAUUCCAGCCGAAAAUGAAAAGAAAUAUCCUGAAACUCUCAUCAUAAAGCCUCCAAAUAUUUCCAGUGUUUCUAUUACCGAUAAUUCAAUAUCUAAUGAUUUGCAGAAUGCAAAAGAACUAAAAGACCAAACAUUGACACUAUCACAGCAAAAUAAAGAUGAUAUCUCAUACCGUUUAUCCACUCAUAAAAAGCCAAUUGAAGGCAAUGAACAUAUUAGUGAAAUUGAUAAUGAGAAAAAGAUUUCUUUCCAAAAAAAGAAUUUGAAUGAAAACUUCGUAAAAAUAAAUAUGAAAAAAAAAAUUUAUGCUAGAGGAAAGAAGACAAUGAAUUUUUCUACUUACAAAAAAAACCUGUGGAAAAGCAGAAAAAAGUUCAUGGAGCAGAUGGAAGAAGGAAAUGAAAAAUUUAACAAAAAAACUAGUAAACUAAUGCCUCUAGAAGUGUAUCAUUCAGGUGAGGAGGACAAUUGUUUGACAACUUUAGAUGAAGCAUCAGGAAAAAUCAUUGAUCAGCCAUCUGUGCCAAUUGGUCCUGAAAUACUAAAUGCUGAAAAUGAUGAAGAUGACUUACCUCUAAUCCUAUUACAAAAAUCUUCAUCAAUACCUAAUCAAGACGGGAGCAAACCAGCUAGUGAAUCACAAACAAAUACAAUAAGGAAAAAAACAUCUGAAUCGAAAGUUUUACAGAGAAAAACUACAAGUAGAACUAAACCAACUAAACAAGUUAUUUCAAAGAAUAAACAAUUAGGUAAAAGUAAUAAUCAUAUAAAUGAGGAAUAUGAAGAUAUGGAAAAUGAAAUAGAAGACAAAAUAUUGCGAAAUCCAAACAAUCAGAAUUGGAAUGAUGAUGAUGAUUUCAAUUUAUUAUUAGAGACUAUUAGAAUAGAAAAUAUGUUGGAUAUGAAAGGUGUAUAUCCAUUAUAUUCACCUCAGGAAGAUGGAUCCUUAAUAGAUACUCCACCAGAAGUAUAUGAAGCUUUGAGAUUAUUUGGACAUGAAUCAUUCCGAGAAGGUCAAGAAAGAGCUGUAAUGAGAAUUUUAUCAGGAAAAUCGACAUUAGUCACCUCAAGCACAGGUUCAGGAAAAUCUUUAUGUUAUCAACUUCCAGCAUACUUGUUUAGAAAAAAAUAUCAUUGUAUAUCUCUGGUUAUUUCCCCUCUCAUUUCACUUAUGGAAGAUCAAAUAAAAUGUAUGCCAGCAGUAUUAAAUGCUGUAUGUUUACAUGGAAAUCAAACCAAAACUCAACGUGAUUCAAUUAUUAAAGCUUUAACAGAUGGUAGUGUCAGUAUUCUAAUGGUAUCACCCGAAUCAAUCCUUUCAUGUGAUUAUUCAACUGGUUUUGGUUCUAUUCUCUCCCGAAUUCCGCCAAUUGCUUUUGCUUGUUUAGAUGAAGCUCACUGCCUAUCUCAAUGGUCCCACAAUUUCCGACCAAGUUAUUUGGUUGUGUGCCAAAUAUUGAAAGAAAAGUUGGGCAUCAAAACAAUUCUUGGACUUACUGCCACUGCUACUCAGAGUACGAGAGAUAGUUUAAUUACACAACUACAAAUACCAGAUGGUGAAGGUGGGGUGAUAAGAGACACUCCCAUACCUUCAAAUUUGAAGUUGACAGUAUCUAGAGAUGUAAAUAGAGAGCAGGCUCUUCUUGAUCUACUCCUUUCCAAACCAUUUGUGGAUUUCACUAGUAUUAUUAUUUAUUGUUUGAGGAGAAAUGAGUGUGAAAAAGUUGCUUCCUUUUUAAGAGCAUCCUUAAAAGAUCACAUUCCCACUGGUAAUUCAAAGAAAAGAAAAAGAAUAAGCUCUCAAGUAGAAGCCUAUCAUGCUGGAUUAUCAGGGGCUAAGAGAAAAACGAUUCAAAAUGCAUUUACCUCUGGCGAUUUAAGAAUAGUAGUUGCUACUGUUGCCUUUGGUAUGGGUAUAAAUAAAGCCGAUAUACGUUCUGUGAUUCACUACAACAUGCCAGCAAAUUUUGAAAGUUAUGUUCAAGAAAUUGGAAGAGCUGGCCGGGACAGACUGCCUGCACAUUGUCAUAUAUUUCUUGAUAGGCAGCACGGCGAUGUUUAUGAGCUUCGACGUCAUAUAUAUGGAAAUAGUGUCGACCGACAUGUAAUAAGAAAGCUAUUGAGAAAAGUCUUUAUUCCGUGUAAGUGCGAAAGUACUUGCAUGAAACACGAAAUUAUGUUCUCCGUUAAUGCUACUGUUGGUACAUUGGAUAUACCAGAAGAAGUCAUUUCUACAUUACUUUGUUACUUGGAAUUGCACGAAAGAAAAUAUAUAAAAGUUUUAAAACAGUCUUAUGGAAAAUGUAAAAUCACAUCUUAUGGAGGCAGUGCGGUGUUACAAAAAACAGCUCUCUCCUGUGAACCAUUAAAAUAUGCUUUAAAAAUCAAUGAGAGUGAGCAAGAAUCUUCCAAUUCAAUAGAAUUUUCUAUAAUGAAAGUUGCGAAACAUCUCAAUUAUGAUACAGGUAUCCUCAAACAAAUCUUGAAAAAUUUAGAAUGGACCAAUAUAAAUGGCCAACCUAAAAGAUCAGCCUUGAAUGUUGAGUUUUCCGAUUUAAGCUUUCAUCUUCUGUCUCCUGGUAACUUACCUGAUGAAGAUUUAGAUGAGGUUUUAGAUACAUUGUACACUAAAGUUUCAAGCCAAGAGAAUGUAGCUUAUGCACAAUUAAUUGAUAUUAAUCGAACUUUAUCGAAAGUGGCAUUGCCAACUUGUAAGAAUUUCAAUGAAACAGACGAAAAAAGUGAAUCACUUAAAAAGGAUAUACGAGUAUACUUCGAUUCAGAAAAAGUUAUUGGACCUAUAGAGAUUCCCGAAAUUUCAGAAGAAGACAGAAAUUCCAUAAUUCGUGAUAUUAGAUUAUUAGUUGAUAGAUAUGGAGAUGAAAACUUCACCGGACGAUCUGUUGCAAGAAUAUUUCAUGGUAUUUCAAGUCCUAACUUUCAACCUCGAAUUUGGGGAAGAACAAAAUUUUGGAGGAGUCAUUUGAAAGUUCACUUCAAUACCAUUUGCAAAAUUGCAACUAGUGAAUUAAUUAAAAUUCAUCCAUAAAAUCUCAUCCCUAUUGGUAUGUUUUAGUAAAAUUUUAUUCUCC